AUGGGUUCCGGUCAGACGCUGCCCUGGCUGAUGUUGGUGUCGGUGCUGAUGGCCGCUGGAAGCGACAGCUACACUCUGCGGGAAGCCAUCAAGCACCACAAGGAACUCGGCCACGAGAACGUGCUCAAGGCCGUCAAGGCCGCCUCCGACAUCGACGAGCGGGAGCGGGACGAGAAGGGGCGCACAGCAUUGAUGUGGGCAGCGUGGAAAGCAGACGUGGAGAUCGUGAAGGCGAUCCUUCUUGCCGGGGCUGACGUGAACCUCCAAAGCCAUAAUGGAUGGACGGCUCUUAUGUAUGCUGCUAAGUACGGCCAGCCGGGGAUCGUGGAGGCCGUCCUCAAGCACAAGCCGGACCUGGACCUCCAAAACAAAGACGGAUGGACGGCUCUUCUGAUUGCUGCCCGUUACGGCCAGCCGGGGAUCGUGGAGGCCAUACUCAAGCACAAGCCGGACCUGGACCUCCAAGAGAAAGCCGGAUGGACGGCUCUUAUGCUUGCUGCCCGUUACGGCCAGCCGGGGAUCGUGGAGGCCAUGCUCAAGCACAAGCCGGACCUGGACCUCCAAGAGAAGACCGGAGCGACGGCUCUUAUGAUUGCUGCUCGUCACGGCCAGCCGGAGGCCGUGGAGGCCAUCCUCAUGUACAAGCCGGACCUGGACCUCCAAAGCAAAGACGGAUGGACGGCUCUUCUGAUUGCUGCCCGUUACGGCCAGCCGGGGAUCGUGGAGGCCAUACUCAAGCACAAGCCGGACCUGGACCUCCAAACGAAGAUCGGAUCGACGGCUUUGUCUCUGGCAGUCUUCAACCGGCACGGCCCCUCCGCGGCCCCGGUGCAGGCGCUGCUGCGCGCGGGCGCGGCCGUGGACUUGGCCGACUUUGCAGGGCGGACGCCGCUGAUGAGGGCAGCGCUGGAAGGUCGCCGGGGGGUCGUUGAAGCGCUGCUCGAGCAUGGGAGCCGCCCGGAGCUGCGGAGCCGCAGCGGCCAAAAUGCCCUGGACUUCGCCAGGCUCGCGUCCAGCAAAACUAAAGACUUGUUGGUGCAGCGACUUGAAGAUGUCACUCCAAAGGGAAUGGACUUAGCCAAGAAGUACUUCGCCUCCCGCACCACCUGGCUUUUCCUGGGCUCCGGCCUCGCCUUCGGCGUCCUCGCAGGUUCUUGCUUGGUGGCGAUGGGGAAGACGGGAAAUCCGACAAGCUCCGAUCACGUGACCGUGCUCAUUAGCAGCAGAAGGCUGGCGAUCAAGGGCCUCACGAAACAGAUCUGGAAGGCGGAAGCCUUCAGACUGCUGGAGCUCGUGGCCUGCCUCCUCCUGCCCUUCUCCAUGACCAUGCUGUGGAUUGAGCCGCAGAAGUUCCUUCCGUUCUAUGUCCUCGUCUACACCCUUCCCGCCCUGGCAUGCUGGCAGCAGAAGGCCCUUCGCUUCCCGGCCUUGCUGCUCGUGAGCCCCGCAACCCGACCGGGCCUCCUUUGCCCGGUUCGCCUUCCGCGGGCCGUUGCCACCGUCGCGCAGCUCGCUUUGCUGUAUUGGCUGCCAGGGCACUGCUCCCAGCCCAUCAGCUACUACAUAUAUGGAAGCCCAAAAUUUGAGGACGCGAUGGUGGCCUUCCCCAUGAACGCAAUGGUGCACGGGCCCCUGCCGCUGCUGAGCAGGGCCUCUGCUGAGAUAGCCUGUCCGGCGAAGAAUACAUUCCCGGCUCAGGUACAAUCGGUGUUCUUCUGCGGGCAGUACAUCGUGGCGGUCGUCAGCCUUAUUUGGGUGUUCCUAGUCACGAUCGACACCUGCUGCGGUUUCAUGCAGCUUGCUACGAGUGACCAGCAAGCCGUGGAGGAACUGAGCAGGCGCAUAGCCGCGACUGAAGCGAAAGACGAGAUUUCAAAGAUUUCGGACGCAAUCGCCGUGAGCCCGGAGAGGGCGAUUCAGUGCCUGCCUCCGGGAGGCAUCUACUUCGCUGUCGGUAUGGCCAUUUGCGACGUCUUCCUGGACAUCUACAGUGCUUAUUCUUGCGUAAUGGCCGCGCAGCUGAAGUUUGCGUUCCUCAUGGUCGCUAUUGUCAGCACUUCCUGUACAGUGGAAGCCCUCACCAGCACCCCGUGGAGCCUCCCAAAGCAAAUAGCAGUCUCCUUGCAUCGGGGCUUGUCGACCGAUGCUCUACGUCAUGCUCUACAAUACGAAUCUUCCUUCGAGGCCCCGUUGUGUUUGUGUCUUUCGGCAUAUGCCUUCGCCUUCAAUGUACGGGGCGGUGGCCUCCUCACCCUGGUUCUCUCCCUUAUGAGUAUCAUCCUAAGCACCUACAACACUGCCAGCUACUUCUGCUGGAGCAUCGACUUGGGACUGCAAAAGGACGACGACGAGAUGGGCCAGGAUACCACCAAGAAGGAUUUCGAGUUGGAGCUGUGCGACCACGAAGAAGGGCUACGUUUACAUGUUCUCCGGCAAGGGCACGAAAGUGUUGAUAGUAGGCACCAGUGUCUUGCCCAGUGUUAG